AUGCUGGUAGAAUAUUGGGUCUUGCCAUUGCUGGCGGUUUCUUUGCCUACCGCUUCAGCGCAGCUCAACGUUUGGGCCAGGAAAGCUGGGCUGAAGUAUUUCGGAGCAGCAACCGAUUCACCCGGCCAACGAGAGAGAGCCGGCUUUGAGAAUGUAUAUCCACGCUAUGAUGCCAUUCUGAGGGACACCCGUGAAUUUGGACAAACAACACCCACGAACGGUCAGAAGUGGGCGUUUGUUGAGCCUGAGCCUGGUGUAUUCAACUUCACCGAAGGCGAAAUUGUAUCUUCAAUUGCCGAAGAGACUGGCCAGUAUCUACGAUGUCACGCACUUGUGUGGCACUCUCAGCUUGCCCCAUGGGUAGAGACUACAGAAUGGACUCCCAAGACUUUGACAAAGGCUAUAAAGACACAUGUUCGGAAAGUCGCAAGCCACUGGAGAGGGCGAUGCUACGCCUGGGACGUCGUCAACGAGGCACUCAAUGAAGAUGGCACCUACCGAGAGAGCGUGUUCUACAAGGUCCUGGGAGAGGAGUACAUCAAAAUUGCAUUCCGAGAGGCGGCGAAGGCUGACCCUCAUGCAAAACUGUACUACAACGACUACAACCUCGAGUCUCCGAGCGCAAAGUCUGAAGGCGCCAUCAGAAUCGUCAAGAUGCUCCAGGACGACGGGAUCAAGGUCGAUGGUAUCGGAAUGCAGGCACAUCUGGUUGCUCACCGCGCACCAAGUCUCGAUGACCAGAUUGCUGUUAUGAAGAGCUACGCCAAAACCGGCGUUGAGGUGGCUCUAACCGAGCUGGAUGUCCGGAUCGAAUUGCCAGUCAAUAAAACAAAUAUGGCAUGGCAAAAGGAGGCCUAUGGAAAUGCGGUCGGUGCCUGUGCUCAAGUCAAAGCAUGUGUCGGAAUCACAAUCUGGGAUUUCUAUGACCCCUUUAGCUGGGUGCCGUACGUUUUUGAUGGAGAGGGUGCGGCUUUGCUCUGGUUUGAAGACUUCAGCCGUCAUCCAGCAUACUAUGGAGCACUGGAUGCCCUGAAGAACGGAACUCGUCACUUAGAGAGUUGGCGUUCCGUUGAGCUCUGUAGGAAUCGCAAGCAAGUUCAGAAGUAA